UUUUCAGGAAGUACCCACGGCUGAACGGCAGAUCGGCGGCGGCGACGGAGAUUCGCGCCCGACAGCGGAGUGUCACCGCUGCGACACACACAGAGAUAAGCACACACACGCUCCACAGACACAGGACGAGAAGCGCGCUCAGGGGCCGAGUGGCUGCAGAAGUGAGGUUGGAAGCUGAGCUGCAGAACUGCUCCCGCACUCUUUCGCACGAGUUCUGCCGUCCAUGGCCAGCAGGGGGAGCGCCAGGCCCAAUGGCAGCCUGACCCAGACGAAGAUCUGUCAGUUCAAGCUGGUUCUGCUCGGAGACAUGGCUGUGGGCAAGUCUAGCCUGGUCCUGCGCUUUGUCAAGGGCCAGUUUGACGAGUUCCAGGAGACCACCAUCGGAGCUGCAUUUCUAGCACAGUCAGUGUGUUUAGAUGACACGACAGUGAAGUUUGAGAUCUGGGACACGGCCGGGCAGGAGCGCUACCACAGCCUAGCCCCCAUGUACUAUCGUGGCGCGCAGGCUGCCAUCGUCGUGUUUGACAUCACCAAGCCGGAGACUUUUGAGCGUGCCAAAGCCUGGGUGAAGGAGCUGCAGAGGCAGGCCAGCCCCAACAUCGUGAUCGCUCUAGCGGGUAACAAAGCCGACCUGGCUGACAAACGCAUGGUGGAGUACGAGGAAGCCCAGACAUAUGCAGAGGAUACAAGCCUACUUUUCAUGGAGACCUCUGCCAAAACUGCAAUGAAUGUUAAUGAGCUGUUUCUGGCCAUAGCGAAAAAGAUGCCAAAGACGGACACCCAGAACCCAACACACGCUGCACGCCACAGGGGUGUGAACCUCCAGGACCCUGACGCUCAGUCUACGCGGGGCUGCUGUGGGAACUAAUGUGCUGUGCUCCCAUUUCCUGGGGCUGUGAUGUGGGUCACACCCCCUAGACCCUGACCUGCUAUUAUACAGAGAGACUGAGUGGUAUAUAGAGUGAGGGCUGCCUUCAGCAAGGCUGUCUUCACAGAUGCUUGAGUGUGAGUGCUGGAGAGUGCUUGACUUAGACCAUAAGACAGAACAGUAGAGUCCUGUUAUUAAUUGGCAAAAAUAGAACAUUUGUUUUUGGUGUUUAAUUUAAAUCAUGGUUCUUUAUAAGUUACACAAUCAAUGAAGUGUUGACACACGAUUAAUACAGUAUGAGGGAGGCUUCAAUUUAGCAGACCAUGAGAGGUAAGGGAGUGUGAGAUCUAUCAGCCAGUGGGGCAGGCAGAGAGACAGCAAAUGAAAGAAGUCUUUGCUCUUCACUAGUCAGUCUUCCCCCUUUUAUUUGGCUGUAGUCUGCUCUCCAAGGGAGCAGUCAGAGCACAUCUAUUUGUCUCUGACUGAUGGGUACACGGGAUUUCGGAACCGGUGCACACAUCUCCAACAUCCACUUUUUUGACGCAGUUUCCCCUCAGUGUUAGAAAGUUAAAACUACUCAAACUUCCCCUCUUAUAUUUGUAAAUCAAUGACUCUAAAGUAGCGGUGCCCACCCUUCUCCUAUCAGUCAGCAAGUUAGGAGGGCCUUGUGCUUCAGCUUUCAUCCAGGAGUAACUUUCUUUUAAUGAAAUGAAUAAUUACUUUACUCCAGAUAUGAAAAUUAUAUAUUUUAAGUGCUUCAAGUCAUGCAUGAAAGCCACAGUGAUGCGUUUUAAAAUUGCGGUCACCUCCUUCAGUGAUAAAGGGGUUGAAAAUGCUGCCAAGGUAAAGGUGGAAAUGAAAGGCUUUUUGUCCUGUUGGUCUGUCUGUUGCCAGGAUGAGGGUUAUUGACUGCUACUUAUAAAAUGUACUCCAGAGUAAGCAGACAAGUAAGUCCUGGCUUCACUGAUUUUGUGUACUGCACUGUCCCCCCCCCCCCACACCAACCACUGUGAGUCUGGUGAAACUGAACACUACGAGUCCGGCUGUUAAUUUUCUCAUCGUAUUUUUAAUGUAGUGUAGUUGAUAUCGCAGUACAAGUCUCAAGUUUUACAGACCCCCCUGCAGUUUACACUACUGUAAUCAGAAUGUAGUGUUUAGUGAUGCAGUUCAUGUCUGUCUCAAUCAGUCUGUCAUAGUUUUUCCACAUAAAUGAAAUUAUUUCUUUUGUUAAGCUAUUCCGAAAACAUAAUCAUAAACAAGUGCAUAGACAAUAAACCCUUAAAACAGGAGGGCUGGUUAAAAAUAGAAGUGCCUAUUCUGUACUGUCCUUAUACUCUUGUAAACAUGUUUAGGGUGUCGUAACAGUAUUUCUUCAGAGCAGAGCAGAGGCAACGUGCUGUGAAGAAUGUGUGCGGAAGGUCUCGGAGUUUGAAAACUCCACCAACUGGGCGUUUGUAUGAAAUGUGUGAAAGUUCGGUGUUCUUUGGUAGUAAAUUGGUGUACAAUGAAGAAUGACAUUGCCAGCCUUGAACAGUUCACAGCUCUUACAAAGGGCCAGUGACUAUUGCAUUGCAUGUAAGACAGAUUUAUGAAAUGUCCAGUAUUUUUCCAGGACCAGUAGUCUCCCUGUGCCGAAUUUACAUACUUGCAAAAUUCAGUGUGUUCAUGCAGGUAAAUACCCUGAUAAAACCCUGUAGAAUAUUGUGUAUAUUUAAACACAUCUCUAGUUUUUAAGAGAAUUGACUUCUCAGACUUCUGUAAUCCCUGAGGUUCUGGGACAUGAAUUCUUUGUGUCCUAGUGUUUGGCUGUGGCAAUGGGUCGAUGAUCACCAGUUCAGUAUGUAAGCCUGUGUUUGCAAGAAGUAUGUAAAAAAAAAAAAAAAAAAUCAUUGCACAGUAACUUUUUGAAAAACUUUUUUUAAGUAAGUUGUUGAAUUUUGUUCAAUAUGCAAAAAAAAAAAAGACUUACCAUCACUCAGUAAGUAACUUAACAUUAUGGUAGUUUAGACAUUGCUUUACUUGUCAAUAUGAUGUCAAUGUAUAUUUUAAACAAUAUUAGCAUUGUCCCUGUAAGUGGGAGGUUGUGUUUCCAUUAAUCUUGUUUGUCCUGGUGCAAUAAGGCGUAUGUCAGUAUACACUAUUCUUAACAUAAAUACAUGCUUUGUAGUGAAUGUGAUAAAUAAAAUUUUGAGUUUGAAGAUACAGGCUCCCCAUACACCAUUACCCUGGAGAACUGUGCCCCAUCCACUACAGGAGUAAAAGUGCUUUCUGCUGGGUAUUUAAUUAUUGUUGUUAUUAUUUGGAGCUUAGUGGCCUGGUCAUGUUAAUGUGGAGCACAAAAAUUACGUCCAAGAAAUGUAGCACUAACCCUUCUGUGGAAGUUAUGCCCCCAGUCUGUGCAGUGCCAAAUUAAGGCAGUGCCAUGUAGUCCCAGUACUGGGAUGGUUAACCCUAAUGGUAGUUUUCCCCUUAAUGGUUCUGCACUUUCUUCACACGGUAAAGUGAAUUUAUUCCCUAUUUACAGCCCUGAAGCACUAAACUUGAUGUGCCCCCAGUUGCAGCAAUGAAGUGUGACAAUUUUUCUUUUAAGAGCACCUGCAACUAGGCAUAACUUUGCACACCACAUCAAGAGUUAUAAUUAUAUACAUGAGGUUGUGGAUAUAUGUCUGAUAUAAGAGGACAGACACUGAGAAAGGGUUAGAAGUUUAAGUCUAGAGGUGAAGAGGGGAUGCUUCUUAAGAUCUUAAAGGGACAAAUUCAUGUCUAGUACUAAUUAAGUUGUGU